AUGUAAAGUGUUAUUGCUAUAAACAUGUCCUUAUUGUAUAUUUCAAACAUUCAUUGUGAAAAUAUUACUCAACUAAUUUUCUUGACUCCUUUUGCAAUGGGUUCACUGAAAAAGCGGAUUCAAAUUCAUCUGUUGAUAUCUAAAUAUGAGUAUUAGACUAUUGUUAAGUUUGAAUUAAAUAAAAUUAGUUAUAGCAAGAUAUUGAAGUUAGCAAUUAACAUUUCAUAAACUUACUAAUUAAGUUUAUUACAUAUUAAAAUAAAAUUACUAAUGAUAAAUCAGCCGAACUCAAUUAUUGAAUUACCUUUCUAGGUUUCUACAAGUCAUAUCUUGGACUUAUUUAUUAGCUGCACGAAAAAGAAAUAAUAUCAAAUAUUGGAAAAGGAUUCUAAUUAGAUUAUAGCAAUCAAGGAAAAUGUCGCAGUGAUUAAGAAUACUGUAAAACGGUUGGUUUGCAUGUAAGAAAAUACUUUUGAGUAAAUAUGUUUGGUUAAAAUCUAAAUUGAUACAAAUUAAGUUAAAUGUAUCAGAGUAGUUUCCAUACGAGGGAUCACUGGACAUUAUGAGGAAAAUUAAGAGUUGAUUAACUAUUUCUUAUCUAAGAUUGAUAAAUUACGCAAUAAGAAAACUUAAGAUUAAAACAUGAUGAAUGAAGCAUCUGAAUUUGUUGGGAUUGUGAAUGUUUCUGAAGAAAUGGAAAACCCUGCCAAUCAAAACCCUUACUAUUUAGAAACAAGCGCUUAUUACAUGUUUCACAAGUUGUUGUGUGCUUCAAAUUAUGGGCUUGGGAAAAAAGUAGCAGAAUAUAUUCAAAAAUUAUAAGGCAAUAUUUCUAAUGACUAAUCUAACAUUAAAUAAAAUGUUCAAUAAUUAAAUGCAUUCAUUAAUCAAAUCGUUGAAACAUUAUUUCAAUCUUUCAAUUUUGGGAAAUAAGAAACUACAUAAAUUAUGCCUUAUUGCAAGAUUUCAAUCGAAAAGUAUUUCUAUCUGAAGUUAUCUCAUUGCAUUUUGCCUCAAUAUUAAAACAUGUUCAAAUAGCAGAAUGAAUUGUUCAGAUCUAAGAAGAUUGACAGGAACAAUACAUAGACUAAGAGUGACUUACACAAGGAUCUUUAGAUUCCAGAAUUCAAUGCUCAAUAAUCAAUACGAAUUGCAGAAGCCUUGAAUGAAUUAGAUAAAAUUGAGUAUAUGAGUUAUCCAAGGGAAAAGUUGAGGUGCUUAUAGUUGAUGAAUGCCAUCCUAAAAGCUAUUAACUCUGGUUUGAUUGAUUAAUUGGUGAAGUACUGUUUGGUUUUGAGUAAUGUAGAUCAUCCAUUCUCAGAAAUUUAAUUACUCAUAGAUUCAACAAGUUCACAAGAUAGGCAAUUCCUGAAUAAAAUUAACCAUCAACUAGAAGAAAUAAUCAGUUCUUGA